CUGGACAACGGACGACAGUUCUCGAGAAGACGUUAAACCGAUCGUUUUGAAAAAAAAAAUCGAAAAGUUAUAAGAAACGAAAAAAAUUAUAUAACCCGCAUUAGCGUUUUUCAAGAGACUAUUAUAAGCGCGAUUUUUAUUCAAAAAUAUGAGCUCCACGCAACGCCUUGCCGAAUUGGUCGAGCUCCAUCUGGGGCCGUUGCAUGAAAAAGAUCCAUGUUGGGAGAUCGCGCCCUCGGAUGUCGCAGGUCGUGGAGUAUUUGCAAAGCGCGAUAUUAAACGUGGUGAAGUGAUAUUUCGUGAGAACCCUCUUCUUAUUGGGCCCGCCGCUCAAAAUGAGGACACUUUGAAUAUGUGCUCGAUAUGUUUUAAGGUUUUAAACGAAACAAAGUUUAUGUGUCGCCAGGGAUGUGGGUUGUCAGUGUGUGGGGCGUGUGGCAAAAAGAAGCAGCACAAGGACGAAUGUGAUCUAUUUAAGUCGUGGCAGCCCAACGAACCGGGAAUUGCAAAUUCACAAGUUCUUCGGUUGGUGACUGUGGCUCGGGCCCUAUUAUUGUCACAGGAGCAACAGGAUUUAAUAUACUCGCUGCAAGCAAGUUUGGACAAUAACCAUAGGACAGAGGUGCGAUAUGCGGCCAAGUGUUUCAGAAACUUCCCCACCGACAAGAAGAUCAUAGAUGUUAUCAAUCGAUCAGUGGCGGCAGUAAAGACAUACGGAUUUAAUGCAGCCAAUCCUGAAAAGACCACCGAUAACGAGGAGUGUCCUCACAGAUCGUUGUAUCCAUUAUUUGGAGUUCUAAAUAAUGAUUGUGUGUCAAAUACAACGUACUCUUUGGAACCAAAGACAUUCAUGAUGACAGUGAAGGCUGCAUUGGAUAUUCCUAAGGGCACCGAGCUGACUACGACUUAUACCAAAUUGUUUUCGAAUAAUAUUGCGAGAUAUCAAUUUUUGAAAACUAAAAAGCAAAUUGUUUGCAAGUGUCCCAGAUGUAUUGAUCCAACGGAAAAGGGCUCCUUCAUAUCCGGUCUCUAUUGCCGCAACACACAAUGCGAAGGUCUCGUUGUACCAGAAACCAAAAAUAUGCCGCAUCCUGAUUGGAAUUGCCUAAAAUGCAAACAAAAGUCAAACUACAGCCAAAUGAUCAAAAGUCAGGACUUUGCAUCGGGAGCUUUAAAUGCCAAGUUUCAUGCAGAUUCUUUGAGUGUGGUUAUUGAUUAUAUCAACGAGAAAAGCUCCAAUUUUAUACCAAGUUCCAAUCAUAUUGUUAUUCAUGCAAAACUUCAAAUCAUAGAAAAAUUAAGUCAAUCAAAGGAUAAAUUCACAGAAGAUGAAUACAAAAACAAAGACCGCUACUGUACCGAUCUUUUAGAAAUAUUAGACAAAUUAGGUGUGGGUGAUUGUCCCAUGAGGACAUAUUUAGAAACUGAAAAAGUUAAGUAGUAAAGAAUUUUAUUAUAAAUAAAAUCAUAUACAAAUACAAAAACAAUUUAAAUUAUAACUUUUUAUAAAAUAAUGUACCAUAAAUUAUAAUUUAAAAACAAAAUGAAAUGAUAAAAACCAAAAUAAAAUUUUAAAAAAUUUAACAGUAAUUCAAAAUGUAUUUUCGCGCGAUAGUAUUUAUUUUUAAAACAAAAAAGAAAAGUCAAACAUGUAGAAUAUUUUUAGAGGUUAAACAAAAACAAUACUCCAAAGACAUCCUGUUUGUUUACUAACACAAAAUUUGAGUAAGAUUAAUGUAUUUCUGAAACAAUAAAACUAAGCUAUAAAAACAUA